GCGAGAUGCCGUACUCUGGAAUCCGGAAGCUUAGCUGCUGUCAUCCAAACAAACAACAUGGGUUGAUUUUGGAGAAUGUCAUCCAGAGGCAUAGCCCUCCAUUUGCAAUCCUGUGCAACCCUAGGGAAGUUGACUGGAUCAAAGUGACUGUAUUUGUUUAAGUGUUAUCAAAGCAACCAUGGAUCGUGAGGAAGAGGAAGAGGAGCUGACUGUCGAUGGACCCAAGGAGGUGGACAUGUUCACAUCAGUGCGUUGCCUGGGUUACCUGUCCAGCGUCAACCUCCUGGUGGCAGUAUGCGUUGGCAUGUAUGUACGCUGGGAGGUCACAAACGAACCGAUGAUCCUUGUCAUCUUCAUUCUGGGCCUCUUUGUCCUGGGGAUUGCCAGCAUCCUCCAUUACUACUUUGCCAUGGAGAAAGCCAGUCUCAGCUUGUUCCAUCUGUGGUUUGGCUUUUUGCUCGGGCUUCUGUGCUUCCUCAACAGCCCCGCGUUGGACUCAAAUGUAAAGGAGCUGGUCGCCAACUAUCUUCUCUUAGCCAGUGUUGUCAUGAAAACAGUAUGGGCUGUAACUGAGCGAAUAUGCAGCUCCAUCCGUUACAAACCCACCUUGCUAACGUCAACUGAGCUAUUGGAGCUCCUGGGAUUUGGCAUUGCCAGCACCACCAUGCUUCUUCACAAGUCAGUGGCCAUAAUUGGUUUGGUGGUGGCCCUAGGGGCUCUUAUUGUGGACUUAAGGAUGAAAUCCCUUCUGGCUUUACCUAACCUGGUCAGUUUUUCCUUGAUUACGUCCCUUGUGUUUUUCCAAGCCUUAGGCAUCACAGCUAACCCCUAUGCUUUAGGCUGCUACCUGGGCAGGCUGCUGUGCGAGCCCGUGUUGGACGUGUACUUCAGUGGGCUGGGGCCCAGUGAGCGCUGGAUACCAGUGCUCUCCCUGGGGAGGGUGUGGAGGAGGCUGUCCCUGCUGCCUCUGAGUGUGACUGAGCUGGCCUUCUUUGUCCUGGCUGCCUUGAAGCUUGGCUACUUGGAGCUCUGGUAUCUGGUGAUCCCAGGCUUUUGCCUUUUUGGCCUUUUCUGGUCCAUCUGCCACAUCAUUCUGCUGAUGACAAUAUGGGGCUUCCACACCAAGUUGAGUGAGUGUCAGAAAGCCUGGCGGGCGCAGCGAUCCAGUAGCCGGAGUCUCAACCAAGUCAUGGCCUCCCGGGGCAUCCGACACUUCUGCCUCAUCUCAGAACGGCUGGUGUUCUUUAGUAUCCUGUCAACAGUCAUAAUGGGAGCUGUGUCCUGGCAGCCCUCCAACGGCCUCUUUCUCAGCGCUCUGCUGGUGGUGCUGCCUUUGGAGUCUCUGGCCCACGGCUUGUUCCACGAGCUGGGCAGCUGCCUGGGGGGAACUUGUGUCGGCUAUGCCCUGGUCAUACCUACAGCUUAUUGCAGCGCUGAUGGCCAGCCCACUCUCCUGCCACCUGAGCAGGUACAACAGCUGAACACGCGCUCAACAGGUAUGCUGAACAACGUGCAGCGCCUCUUCUCCCACCACAUGAUCCAGACGUUUGGUUGCGACUACUCAACCAGUGGUGUUACGAUGGAGACUGUGCAGACAAAGCUGCGCAACUUUCUGGAGCUUCGAACAGCGGACGGGCCCCGUCAUGACACCUAUUUGAUUUUCUACAGUGGGCACACGCACAAAGGCACCGGGUCUUGGGCUCUGGCUGGAGGUGAGAGUCUUCACCUGGCGCAGUUGCUGGAGCUGUGGAAGGAGAAGAACGCCGGCCACUGCUCCCGUCUCAUCCUCGUUUUGGAUACCGAAAACUCCCUCCCCUGGGUGAAGGAGAUACGCCGGGUUGAGGGCAUCUAUGUAGCCGUGCAGGGAGCCGAGCUGUCCAUCACUAGGGUGGACCCAGAGGUUGGAGAUAUCCCCCUCCUCGGGGACUUCACUGCCGAAUGGGUGGAGUUCAACUGCAACCCAGACAGCAACACCCAGUGGUCAGAAAAGGGACGGACUGUAACGGCCGCGUACGGUGUGUCCAAGCGCUGGAGCGACUACACACUUCACCUGCCCACUGGAAGUGACGUGGCCAAGCACUGGAAGACCCACUUUCCCAAAGCUACGUAUCCCAUGGUGCAUCUCUCCAACUGGUGUUGUGGCCUCAACCUGUUCUGGAUAUGUAGCGUGUGCCUGCGCUGCUUCAGGAGGUGUAAACUAGCAUGGUUCCCACCAGCUAUACUGGACACUGGGCAGGGCAUUAAACUGGUGCACUCUUAGAUGAUGGGGGAAGUGGACACGCAAAUUUUGACUGUUUGUGUUUUAAUUGCUGGGUACGAGGUGAUAAUAGAAAGGAAAAAUAAUACUCUUGUACCUAUAAAACUGUAUACACAAACAUGCACAGAGGUUAUACCCCAUGAUAAAAUAUGACCUUCUGUCAAAGGGGUUGUUCAGCUCUUCCCAAAUUAGGUUUUGUAUCAUGUGCAAUUGCUGUACAGCAGACAUGUGCUUGCAGUUACAUAGCAAAAUGCUUGCUCCAUAUUAAAUUGUGUGACCCAAAAUUAGGGAGUGAAAAAACAGUAGAAAGUAAACUCUCAACCACAGUUACAGUGGAUAAAACCAUAUUAAGUACAUAACUAUGGUUUCAUAAAGGAACUCUUCACCCACAAUUGACCAUUUGUAAAUCAGUUAGUCAUGCCGUGUUAUCUUGAAUUUGUAAGAGUUUGUUUUUCUUGCAUGCCUCCAUGGAAAAUGGCAAAUGGAUAUUUAUUGAUUGAUUUAGGACCACAGCAAAACUGUAUCAAUAUAUCUGUUUACAAGCUCUCACAACUCGUGCAGUAUAAUUCAAGUCUCACUUAUCUAGUCGUAUGCUCAGAACUUUUUAAUGACAUGCAUUUUCACUAAAACCUUACUGCUAGAGUCUUGCUUUGAAGAAGUUUUUGUUGAAGUUUUUAGCCAAAAAUGCAUGUUUUGGAAGUACUGAGCAUAUGAUUGGAUAAAUGAGACUUGGAUUAUACUCACACACUGCAUGAAAUAAUGGACAUAGCUACCGUGACAUCACUCAUUGGUUUGUGGACACUUGUUUUGAAGUCUUGAGUUUGGCAUUUUGGAGCCAGAAGUGACCGUGUUUGGAUGAGACCUAAAGCCAUAAAAAAAAAAGUUACAAAAGUUGGGUUAUAUGUAGCUAUAGAGACCAAAACCCUUAUGUGCACCAGGCUGUAAACAUGUUUAUUUCUGCUGUAAAUUCGGGUAUUUUAACAUGGGCGUCUAUGGAGAUUGACUCGCUUGUGGAGCCAGCCUCAAGUGGCCAUUUUAGGAACUGCAGUUUUUGUCACUCGGUUACCACUUGCUCAUGUUGCACAUUUUGUUAGAGUUUGAUAAUGGAUGUUUUGAUACAGUUUUGCUGUGGUCCCCAGUCAAUCAAUAAAUCAGUAUUUUCGCCAUUUUCCACGGAGGCAUGCGAGAAAAAUAAAGUUUUUUUCACAUUUUCAAGCUAACAUGGCAUGAAUAACUGAUAUUCAAAUGGUCAUUUUGUGAGGAAAAUAUGUCUUAAGUAUAUAAUGAGGCAAAAGACCAAAUUGCGUGUUUUUGUACAAGUUAAUUAUAUUUUGGGGCAGUGUCAUAUUAUGGUUUUGUAUACUACUUUGCCAUUACUGCAUAAUUAUUUCUUUGGAAAGGUUUACUGGUUAUCUUUUUUGUUAUACAAUGAAAUUUUUUGUCAAUUUUC